UUCGACCUCGCAUGCCAUGCACACAACGAGUGCGCCAGAUCGUGUUAUGUUGGCCACAGCUGCAGUUAACGUAAAAAGUAGCUCCGGAGAAUACCUGCCUGCACGAGCCUUGUUGGAUUCUGGAUCUCAGGUGAACUUCAUGACCGAAGAUUUGGCGCAGAAAUUGCGGACUCGUCAUCAAGGAGUAACUCUAAACGUCAUCGGCAUCGGCAAUGCGAAUCAGAAAGUAAGGACGAAAUUAAAUGCGUUUGUGAAAUCGCGGGUUAAUAAUUAUGAGUUCUCGGUAGAAUUCUGGAUUAUGCGGUCCAUUUCAGCUAACAAUCCAGACCGAAACGUUAAUAUUACUGGCUGGAAAAUACCAAAAAAUAUUAAUUUGGCGGAUCCAGAAUUCCAUAAAUCGCAAAAAAUUGAUUUGUUGUUGGGUGCCGAAACAUUCUUCGAGCUUCUAGCUAUAGGCCAGAUUAGAAAAGGCCCAAACCACCCAACUCUACAGAAAACUCUUUUGGGCUGGGUUGUGUCUGGCAAAUACACCACCAACCAGUGUCGUCCUCCCCAAUUUACUAGCACAUUAUGCCAAACUGAAGAUGAAUUAUCGACAAUAGAUUCGGUGGUCCAAAGAUUCUGGGCUUUAGAAGAAUUACCUUCAGAAGCAAAUUCCAGAACACUUACACCUGAGCAAACAGAAUGUGAAACAUUUUUCGUAAGAACUACUCAAGUUCUGCCGUCAGGAAGGCUUCAAGUAAGAUUGCCAUUCAAAACUGACCGUAAGUUACUCGGUCAUUCCUAUGAAACCGCAUCUCGGCGGUUUCAGGCCCUGGAGAGAAGAACCUUGAAAGAUCCAGAACUUCGCAAAAUGUAUCUGGACUUCAUGAAUGAAUAUAUAGAAUUGGGUCAUAUGAGCCCAACAAAUAAUAAGAUCCCGAGUGAGCCACACUACUUCAUUCCGCAUCAAUGCGUCCUUCGGCCUGAAAGUACGACAACCAAAUUACGAGUUGUGUUCGACGCGUCAAGUCGUACUUCGUCUCAAAUUGCGUUGAAUGAAAU